AUGACCAUCACCACGGACCCCGCUGCUCCUCUUGUCGCUGUUGUAGGCGCCACUGGGACCCAAGGCGGCAGCGUUGUCCUCGCCCUCACCGAAUCCGACAAACCAUAUCGAAUUCGCGCAUUCACCCGCGAUGUCUCGAAACCCGCAGCGAAAGCGUUGUCGGAGAAGGGCAUCGAGGUGGUCGCGGUGACGCUGUCGGUGGAGAAUAGCGGUGCCGUAUUCAAGGCGUUUGAAGGGGCGGACUAUGCUUUCCUUGUCACUAACUGGGCGGAACACGGAGACCCACCGCGGGAAACCAUUGAAGGCAAGCUCAUGAUAGACGCUGCAAAAGCCGCAGGUGUCAAGGGCAUCGUCUGGUCCGGGCUGCCCAGCAUCGACGCUCUGUCUGGCGGCAAAUACAAGAACGUGGGCCAUUUCGAAAGCAAAGCACGCGUCUCCGACUACGGCCGCGCUUCUGGGGUCCCUUUUGUCGACAUCUAG